CGUUGGCUUCAUAUAAUGGGGGACGCUCAGUCUAUAUUUACUUAUGUCUAUGCACUGAACAUAUUUACUUAUGUCUAUGCACUGAACACAGUGCAGCUACAAGAAGCAGUAUUUGCAAUUUUUGGUGCAAUCCGGUGCAAUCCUAUCCUGCCGAGUAUGUCGAUUCUGAACACGCUGCAUCGAGUAGGAGCGUUGGCGCGAGCGAGCUUAAUUCAUAAACUCGAUUCUACGAGGACCAUCGCGUUUUCGCUCACGCGUUGCUCCGAAACGAACAAUGUUACCGAGACACAUGCGACUGAGGGAGAUGUAACUGGGGAUAAUAGCCCAGCCGCGGGGACUCCCAAGGUUGCAGCUAGACCAGUUGUAUCGGUAGAGACCAGCAUCAGUUAUAUGAACAGUGACGCUUACAAGAAAACUUACGGAGACGAUCCGGUAUGGACACAAUAUAGAAGGAAUCACAAAGGAAUGUUCCCACCUAGAAAGACACGAAGAACUUGUAUAAGAGGCGACCAAAUCUCUACUGGAAACCCGUGUCCCAUAUGCAGGGACGAGUAUCUCGUAUUAGAUCACAGAAACGUCAAGCUGCUCGAGCAGUUCAUCAACAAACAUAACGGAAGCGUUCUGUGCUACUCGAAGACAAAUAUCUGCCAAAAGAGGCACAAAGAACUCCUGGUCGCGUUAACCAGAGCCAAGGAUUACGGGACUAUCACAUUCGACGUUCCUACGAGGAUGUACGAUUACUCGGAGUGGAAACCGAAAAAGUGGAACAUACAUGAUUAAUUUUCAUCAUCGUAUUACGGC